AUGCCGGACGCGCGUAACAACAACUAUUCGCUGAAGGAGUAUGCCGAAGCGCAGCGCGAGCUCGGCUUAUGCCCGAAUUCAAGUGAGGAUAGCGUGAAGCGGAUGACGAAGGCCGGCCUCUUCUUCGGCAUCCCGCACGGCGUCUAUUUGUUGACGGCGGUCUCGGACAUUCUGCACGACACUUUCCCUGGUGAGACAGGCUUCGUAUUACGAUUGGGCCACAUGGGCCUCGUGGACGCCAUCUUCCGCCAUCACGGACUCAGCACGGAGCUACGCGAUCGUGUCCUCGAUGUACUCCACGAACAAUCCGCCUCAGCGAUUUUUCAGGAGUUCUGCGAUCGCCGUGAAAUCCCGUUCCAUCUGAUCAUGUUCGACUCGAAUCUGGUGCUCACCCGAACGCCACGCCAAGAUUUUGGAAAACUGGAGACGAGGCGCGCCGUCGAGACCGUACUCCGGCAGUUGGCCACGCCCACCACCGAAGCCCCGCCCCACGAUACAGCACACUCGGAUCGCCGUGCCCCAUUGGCCAAAAGCGCCUCGUCCACGACAUUGACAUUGACAUUGACGCCCACCCACUCGACGGCGGCCCCAUUCUCUUCACAACAGCAACAACAACACGGCAGCUGUCAGUCCAUCUCAUUCCUAUGGGCACUCGUCGAAAGACCCGGAUAUACGGCCAAGAAACGCAUCGAGGGUCGAUGCGAUGCCCUCCUCAGCGAUCUGAUGCAAAAGUUGUCCGCUCGUGUCCAAUUGACGGUCGUUGUGACUGAUAUCAUCGCCGAAGUCCUCCAAUCGCUGUCCUCAAAAAUUUCGCUACCGCUCGACCCUGAACAGCUUCGCCUCGUCUUCGACCGCAUGGCCAAGCAGUUUGGACGGUGGAAAGAGGAAUUGGAGGCAAUCUACAGCACUCUGAAGACGUUGUCCGCGUCGUCACGCCACUCGACUCCAUCCCUCGUUCUCGCCAUCUAUUCCACCCCUUCUGAUGUACAUCGGGUUAUCAUU